CUCCGGCCCAUGGCUUCUGACCACAGCUCUGCAGUUCUCGACUAUGGCUCCGUGGCUUCUGCUGCUGGCACGUCCCAUGUCAUGGGUGGCACCAGUGUCCAGCCAGGGGCCUGGCCUGGCAUUGUCAGCAUCCAGGCCACCUGGGAGAACGGCACGUGGCACAUGUGCACCGGUGUCCUCCUCAGCUCCCAGUGGGUCCUCACGGUCGCACACUGCUUCGCCAGGGGCGGGGACAUCUCCACGUGGGAGGUGGUGUUGGGGGCCAUAGAUCUGACUCAGCUGGGCCCUGAGGCUGAGGUGAGACACAUCCAGAGGCUCCUGGUACACCGGCACUACGUGCCUGCCACGGCGAGGAAUGACAUCGCCCUGCUGGAGCUGGAGCAGCCCGUGGAGUGCAGCGACUACAUCCAGCUGGGCUGCGUGCCCGACGCCUCGCUCAGGGUCUCGGAGCUGAAAUCCUGCUACAUCGCCGGCUGGAACUUUGCCAGAGCUCAGGGAACAGGCAUGGUGCUGCAGGAGUCCAAGGUCCACCUGAUGGACACGGAGCUCUGCAACAGCAGCCGGUGGUAUGCGGGGACCAUCCACCCCCGCAACCUGUGUGCUGGGUACCCGCAGGGCAGCAUCGACACCUGCCAGGGGGACAGUGGGGGUCCCCUCGUCUGCAAGGACAACAGAGCCGACUACUUCUGGCUUGUGGGAAUGAACAGCUGGGGAAAAGGCUGUGACAGAGCCAGGCACCCCGGGGUCUACACCUCCACUCAGCACUUCUACAACUGGAUCCUGCUCCAGACGGGCCUGAGCCCAGCAGAAAGAGCCGGUCCAGCACCGGAGCCAGUUGUCACCUUGGCCCCUGAGCAGAGUCUGGAACCAGAGGAACCAGAAGAACCAGAGGAACCAGAGGAACCAGAGGAACACAUCCGCUUGACCCCCGAGUACAGCCAGCGACCAGUGGUGACAUCCUCGGGCACGUCACUGCCCGUGCUGUUCCCACACCAGAUCCUGGUGCAAUUCUGGAAUCUGCUGCAGGAGUUCCUGCAGUUUCUGAAGGACAAAGAAGCUUGAGCAGCAACAGGAUGAGCAGGACCCAGGGCUACAGUGGACCACAGCAUUUCCUGCCAGGCCAAAGGUAGCCUUGGGCCAGAGGCUUCUCUGUCCUGCCCGUGCUGCUCUGCUGUGGCCACACCGAUGCUGAUGUGACUGAAGGGUUGAAGUAAAGUUUCUGCAUUCAUCAUUAACCGUGUUUUCAGCCCUGCUCAGUGCACCCACAAGCUCAGAGAGUCCCUGC